CAGAGUGCAUGGGUCAGGUAGCCAACCCCGAAGAAGUCGCAAGGAUCACAAAUGGAGGCCAAGGACACCGGCCAGGAGAUGACGAUGCGCCAGUACCUGGCCCAUCUGCUGGAGGGCGGCGCCUGUUUGGAUCGCUUCCUGACCCCGGGCAUCUCCAAUUCCGCUUUCCCCUCCAUGAUCGCCGCCGCCGCCACCACGGGACGUCGUUUGUCCGCCCAGGAGAGUGCCAUUUCCGGCUGUGGUGGCUGUGCCAGCUUGGACGCCAGCGGAUCACGGUGCGCCCUGUUCGAGCAGCUGUUGUGCGGCAACUGCCGGAAGGCGGAACGCAUGCUGGUGCCCGAUCUGGCCACCGAUUGGUUCCGCAAGCAGAAGGUCUUCCUCGACAAGCUGACGCCCGAGGAGCUGGCUGAGCUGGGCGACGGCCUGGCGGACCGAGAUGCUUGCACCUGCGCCCGCCACUCCGCGCCCGCGCCCGCCGCCGAACUCCUGCUGGGCCAGUGCUCGUGCAAGCAGUGCCGCUGCACCCCGGACGCUGGCCAGGAUUUCUUUCGGCGUCGCCUGCUGCCCAUUCGCCGCCACUGUCGUCCCUACUGCGGCUGUCCCGCCAGUCCCGAUGAGGUGGAGGCGGCCAAGGAGGCGGCAGCAGCAGCGGCGGCGGCGUCAGAGCCUUUGGUGGCCACCUGUGUGCCCACGCAAGAGACCCGCUCCCGCAAUCCCUUCCUCCUCUGCAAUCCGGACGUCGCCAACUGUGACGCCGACAAGAAGCGCAUGGACGGAGGAGUAGCAAGGAAUCCCCCGCCGCCAGCCAGUUCCAUGGCGCCACUGCAUCAACUGCCACCGGCCAUCUCGCCGUCGGCGCCGCCACGCACCUGCUCCUGCUUGAAGGGCCGGAAUCGCCCCUCCUGCGGCUGCCUCUUCCAGGCGGAUGGCCAGCCGAUGGCCAGCGAGUGUGUGGCGGCGCGCCGGACCGAGCCGCUGCUGCCGCGCCUGCGCAGGAAGUACGACCUACGCCAGGUGCCGCAGCGGCGCCUCGAUCCGGCCCUCUUCCGCCGCAUCUCGCCGGAGUUCUUCCGCAUCCUGGCCAGCUACGAGGCGACCGUGACCGAGAGCUGUCCCCUGUACGGAAUAUCCAUGCGGCACUGGAGCGAGGGCACCGUGUGCUGUCCUUGCGAGAAGCGUCCGCCGGGCAGUGGCCAGGAGCGUGCCCUGGGCGAUGAUGCGGUAGCCACGGCAGUGGUCACACCGUGCCGGCCGCCGGCCGAACUGGCAGCCAGUCCGGAGCCGGUCGAAAGGAAGGAGCGGAGGAAGUGCACUCCCCAGAUGUGUCCGCUACUGAAAGGAACCCUCCAGACCUGCGUCUGUACCAAGCCCAAGGAUAAGAAGAGCAAGCCGCCGAAGAGUGCGAAAGUGACGAAGAAGGAGUCCGCCACCACCUCGUGGGUAACGCUAUCUGCCCAGCGGAGUGAAGCAAUGGCCGUCCAGGACGCGGAGGACGCGGAUGGCAAGGGCUUGGGCAAGAAGGAGAGCCGGAGGAAGACAUCUGUGGGCCAGAAAGAUUCCAGCAAGAGUCGGAAAGCAGGCCACGAAGACAGAGGAUCCAGCAAGGAUCGGAAAGGAGACAACGACGGCAAGGGCUCUGGCAGGGAUCGGAGGACAGACAGCGAGGGCAGGGGAGCCAGCAAGGAGCGGAAAGGAGGCCAUGAACGAAAGGAAUCUAGCAAGGAUCGGAGGUCGGACCAUGAGGGCAGGGGAGCCAGCAAGGAGCGGCGAGGACACAGCGAGGACAGAGGAGCCAGCAAGGAGCGGCGAGGACACAGCCAGGACAGAGGAGCUAGCAAGGAGCGGAAGGCAGACACGGAUGACUGGCGAUCCCGCAAGGAUCCGAGAAGAACCAAUGAGUGCCGGGGAUCUAGCCAGGAUCGUGAGGGAGUAUCCUGUGGCCGAUCCCGACGUCCCAGCUGCGGCCUCACCUUCUCCCGGCCGGUGGAGAAGAAGAUCGUCUUCAGGGCGAUGGCCGAUCCGAUGAAGUGCACCUCCUGCCUGCACCGGCCCAAGGGCAUCCUGGGCGGCUUCACCGGCCUCUGCAAGCGCUGCACCCAGCCCGGCCGCCACCUCCUCUACUACCUCAACCAUCCGCCCAACCAGCCGCGCUUCGGCCACCAACAACAGUGUACGGAUCCCACGUGUCCCAACCAGGAGAACCGUUCCCGACCAUCGAAGCCGCCGCUCUUCUGCACCAAACCCUACGCGUGGAACAAGAACAAGUCGCGGCAGGCCGAGGUGGAGGAGGAUUUGCGGACGGUGGAGGGCAGCAGCACCACCCUCACGCCCUGCCAUCAGCAUGAUCCGUGUCCGUAUGCGUCGAGGUGUUCCAACCGGUCCUGCCUCAAUCCGUGCUGUAGGGACAGCAGUUCGCCGUCCAUUCCCUGCCGAACACCAACCAGUGAGCGGACUCUGGCCGGCUGGAAUCCAGCACCCUCGGACGACUGCCACUGCCCGGAUGAAGUGGAGGCACUGCCUCAGCGCGGCACCAUCAACUGCCGGUGUCCGGACGAGGAGACGAAAAUAUUCCAGUUCCCGCAGACCCUCAAGAUCUGCCAAGAGGAGGAGCCUGUUUCCAAAAGCGAACCGGACAACGAAUCCAAGAAGGACGCGUCCAAGAAGGAAGCCCAGAAGAAGGAGUCCAAGGAGUCGGUGAAGGGCAGAAAGAAGCUGGAGGAGGAGGAGUCCAAAGAAUCGCAAAAGAAGGAAGCUGAGGCUCGAAGGACCAAACAGCAACAGAAGUCCAAGGACGAGGAGCACCAACAAGGACAGAAAAAGGAUAGCUCCUCGGAAGGAAAGGAGCAGAAGCAUGAAUCCCGUCCAACCAGGGGAAGGACACCUCCUCCGAGGUCUCAGAAGAUCGAAGCGUCCAGCACGGAAGCCUCCCACCAGGGGGAAUUCCAAUCCCAAGAGUCGGGACUACCAGCCUCCCUGGCCUCGCAGAAGAAGGACGAGAAGACGAGAAGAAAGCCUCGAAGAGAUCGGGACACCGAUCCGUCCAGCGAGUCGGAGUGCCACAAGAGGCUCUCCAACGACGCCUGCUACAGCCGGUGUGGCUACUUGCCGAGGAGCGCCUACCUGAUCAACGACUUCCACCAGCUGAUGCGCCGGGUGGCCAGGCCCCGGCCCAGUGCGGAGCGACUGCAGCGGAAGGCGAAGAGGCCCAACCGCGAAAAGGCAGUUCCGGAAAGAGCCCCGCCCAAGGAGUCUCCUCCGGAGAGUCAGAAGCCGGGAAUCAAGGCCAAACCCAAGGUUAGGAAGCAAACCUCGAAGCUGCCAUCCCAGGCGAAGCUCCAGGCCAAGGACGAAGUGCCUCCGGCCCGAAAGGCGCCGGCCAAGUCCUUGAAAGUGGCUCGGGCCACCACCCUCAUCUCCCAGAAGCGGCCACGGCCCCAGUCCCCCGCCCAGGACAGCAUCAAGACCAAGCCGAAGCCCUCCGCCGGCUAUGCGGAGGCUCUUGCUCUCCAGGUCCAGCCGCACGACGGCAACUCGGAGGAGGAGACUUGCCUCUGCCCGGAUCCGGAUCCGGAUCAGGAUCAGGAGAGUCAGCGAACCCAGGCGAUAAAGCCGCCUCCGGAGGUGCCAGGACGCAGCCAGGACUGGACGGCAUCCUGCGACGAGUACAGCUGCCCCGGCCGGAAUCAGCGCUACGACAUGGAGGAGGCGUCCCGGGCGUCCAACCGCACGGCGGAGAACAGCAAUCGGACGAGCUUCAAGGACCCGGAGGACACGAACACCAUCUGCUGGCAGGAUCAGAGGACCAUCUCACGGGACAGGACGGAAAGCCAAUCGGUAAGCCGGAAGGUAGUCCAGGGAAGCUGCGACCGGAGCUGCCUCACUCCGGCUACCACCGAUAUAUUCUGCAGCUGCAACGCCAGCCUGGCCACCAACUACACGGACAUGUAUCCGGAGGAUGACGAGUCCCACGUCCAGUCCCAGGGCAGCCGGAAGAAGACCAGCGGCGACCUCAAAUCCAUCGAGAUUGUCACUCCCUCCGACCACAAGUCCAACCUGAAGACCGGGAGGCGCUACUACACGGAGACCCAGGGCGGUGACGGGAAGGAGUUGGCCAACCGGUGCAGCUGUCGCUCCCUGCACUCCAACCGCUCCAUUCGGGUGCUCAGCUCCAACACGGAGAGCGUGGCGUAUCCCUUUGCGCCGGCGCCUUCGGUGGCCAGUGUGGAGAGGACGUCGGAUCGGGACCAGGUGUCUACCAAGAGCCAGAACCGGAACAGGGACCAGAACCGGAACAGGGACCGGGAGCAGGACCAGGAGCAAGAGCCGGAGCGGCAAGUGGACCGGAACGUGUACCAGGAGCGGCAUCACCAGCCCGUAGAGCAGGAGCUCCCGGCUCAGGAGGCCCGUCUGCCCAGCCAGGGUCCGUGCCCAUGCGGAUGCUGUUGCGCUUGCUCCCGAGCUCCGCCCGACCCGUAUCCAGCAUCGUACCUGCCACCAUCCGGGGGCUAUCCGCCCCAGAACAACGCGCCUCCGCCCCAGCGGCCCAACAAGUCCAUGUUCGGGGAGUACUCUCGCUGGGAGCGCCAGCCCCUGAACCCGGCGCGUCCCCUGCUCUCCAAGCAGCGUCCCUCGCCGAAGGUCUUCCACGAGGAGCAGCGUCAGCGGCGCAUGGAGGCAGCGCCCUGCCACUGCUCCUACAUGGUCGAGGAUCCUCGGCCGCAGGACCUCCGGCAGCAUCACCCGCCGCCACCGCCGCCACAGCAGCAACACUAUCCCCAACAGAGACAAUGGAGUCCCGAUCCGGGCAUGAACCGGCAGGCGAGUGGACACAUGCAUCUGUCCCAGCCAUGGGGGAGCAAUCCCCCGCAGUUCCAGCAACAGUUCCGGCCGCCCAACAGCUAUCCCGUGGCGGAGAACAUCAGCCAGUACUUCUGCCGGAAGGGAUCCACUCAGUACCAGGCCAAUCUCGUGGAGAAGCCGGGCAAGGAUCGGACAGGAGCUAUGACGGCGGCGGCCAAGGGUCUCAGGGGAUUGGUCAAGGCCCUGGGCGGAACAUCGCGACGGUCGAGGAACACAUCCGAGGACAAGGAGACGAGGGAGCCACCGGGAUACCCCGGGAGUUUCAGGGCAGCUCCGCCCCCCAUGCGCUCCUACCAGCCGGUGAACUACUCCCAGGAGGUGAUCGACCUGGCCAGCCAUCCCACAGAGUACGACCGCCAUCCGUCCGUGCGGCGCAUGUCCCAGGACAUCCCCAAUCGCAGGACAUAUCCAGUGGAGCUGCCGGACAGGAGCUAUCAGAGAGAUGCCCCCUACUCGAGAACCCCCGCGUCGGUCUUCCUGGCCCGGCACACCCCCCCAAUGGUGCCCCCCAUGGCCCACCCUAUGACCCAUCCCAUGGCCCAUCCAAUGCCACCUCCCAUGGCCCCACCGAUGGGCCCGAAUCCCAGACUCCAGGGCAAUCUCUACCAGCCCAGCGGGUCGCACAAGAGCCAGGGCUGGAACUUCCUGGCCCUGCAUCCGUCGCCGGCGUACGGCGGCCGGGAGUAUGUCCGGCGGGGAGGAGGGGGCACCGAGGCGAGGAGACCCACCUCCUCCGACCUGGACUUCAACGGGCCGUCGACGAGCCAGCGGGCGACGUCGAUGCUCCGCCGGGAGAGGCAGACGGGAGGCGCCUCGCCGCUGAUCGGGGAGUCCUCCAACACCUCCAUAUCGUCGGCGCCCACGCCCCUGGCCGUGUUCCUGGACGGAUUGCGGGCCAAGCACGUGGCAUCAGAGAUCCUCUCCCAGAGCGGGUCAUCCGAGAAAGCGACGGAAAAAUCGAAAAAGGAGCAGCACGGCUCUUUGGGCUCCAGACUGAGUCGGCGACGCUGUCUGGCGGAGGAGCCGAUGGUGAUACCGGCCACCUACAGCGGCCUGCUGGAGGAGCAGGUCCUGGAGGAGUACCUGCCCAGUCCGCGCUGCAAGCGACGAACCACCUGACAUCCCUGACUGCCAUGUAAUGUGAAAUAAAUAUAGUUUGUAGGAGUAA